GUGACGUCACGGCCGGGCCGCCCGGCAAUGGGCGCCAUUUUGAAACCGCGAACCCUCCCGCGGCUCCGGGCGGCUCCGUCCCGCUCCCGGCCCCGCGCCCGGCCCCGCUCCCGCGGCUCCCCCCGCCAUGGCAGGGGUGGCGAGAGCUGGAGGCGACGGCGGCGGCAGCAGCAACGAGUUGCAGUGGUGCUUCUCGCAGGUGAAGGGGGCGAUCGACGAGGACGUGGCGGAAGCUGAUAUAAUUUCAACAGUUGAAUUUAAUUACUCUGGUGAUCUUCUUGCAACAGGAGACAAAGGUGGCAGAGUGGUUAUAUUUCAAAGGGAACAAGAGAGUAAAACCCGUCCUCUCUCUCGGGGAGAAUAUAAUGUUUACAGUACCUUCCAGAGUCACGAGCCUGAGUUUGACUACUUGAAAAGUCUAGAAAUCGAAGAAAAAAUUAAUAAAAUUAGGUGGUUACCACAACAGAAUGCUGCUCACUUCCUGCUGUCUACAAAUGAUAAAACUAUUAAAUUAUGGAAAAUAAGUGAAAGGGAUAAAAGAGCCGAAGGUUAUAAUUUAAAAGAUGAAGAUGGAAGACUUAGGGAUCCUGUCAGAAUCAAAGAACUACGGGUGCCAACCCUGAAGCCCAUGGACCUGAUGGUGGAGGCGAGUCCCCGCAGGAUAUUUGCGAAUGCGCACACGUACCACAUCAACUCCAUCUCCGUCAACAGCGACUACGCCACGUACCUGUCUGCAGAUGACCUCCGGAUCAACCUCUGGCACCUGGAAAUCACAAACAGGAGUUUUAACAUCGUGGACAUCAAGCCGGCCAACAUGGAGGAGCUGACGGAGGUGAUCACGGCGGCCGAGUUCCACCCGCAGCAGUGCAACGUGUUCGUGUACAGCAGCAGCAAGGGCACCAUCCGCCUGUGUGACAUGCGCUCCUCGGCCCUCUGCGACCGCCACUCCAAGUUUUUUGAGGAACCUGAAGAUCCUAGCAGCAGGUCAUUUUUUUCAGAAAUAAUAUCAUCGAUAUCUGAUGUGAAAUUCAGCCACAACGGGCGAUACAUGAUGACAAGGGACUACCUGUCUGUCAAGGUGUGGGACCUCAACAUGGAGAACAGGCCUGUAGAGACCUAUCAGGUGCACGAGUACCUCCGCAGCAAACUGUGCUCCCUGUACGAGAACGACUGCAUCUUCGACAAGUUUGAGUGCUGCUGGAACGGUUUGGACAGUACAAUCAUGACUGGAUCUUACAACAACUUCUUCAGGAUGUUUGACCGGAACACACGCCGGGACACGACUCUCGAGGCCUCCAGGGAGAGCAGCAAAUCCCGUGCCAUCCUAAAGCCACGCAAAGUGUGCACAGGGGGGAAGAGGAAGAAGGACGAAAUAAGCGUUGACAGUCUGGACUUCAACAAGAAGAUUCUCCACACAGCAUGGCACCCCACGGAGAACUUCAUCGCCGUAGCUGCCACCAAUAACUUGUAUUUAUUCCAGGACAAGAUUAACUAGGGAUGACUGCCCGUGGACAGAGUCUCGUCUCGCAUAGUUCAGCUCAGUUGUUUAUCUGUAACAGAAGGCCUUGUUGUCCUACCAGUGAAGAACAUUGAUGCACUUACUUCCCUUGAGCUAACGGAGAGGAUCUGGCCUGGCUUUGAGUCCCUGGAGUGGUUCUGCCUUCGGUGGGGGGGGAGCGCCCGGCGGCUUUCGGGGAGGAGCCUCCCCAGGCAGAAUUGAUGGACAGUGCUCAGUGAGGCCAACACAAAACAAAUGUAUUUAUUGACGUCUGAGCCUUCUUUCCAGUUUAUAGACCAAAAAAUUUAACACCCGAGAAGAAAAGGUUGUCAUAAAAGUGUAAUUUCUCUCUCUCGCUCUCUCUGCUGUAAUAUUUGGGCCUUUCAGAACAUUUCUUGUGCUUGAUGCCUGUACACAUUCCUCAGGCCUGGAGCCAGCGCAGGGUCUGACCUUGAGCACUUAGGUGGGGCUUGAGUUGGGUUCUAGGCAGGUGUCCAUGACUAUUUACUCACCAACUGUAUCUAUAACCACACCUUCUGGUGUAAACCACUUAAUAAAUAACAGCCUAUCAAACGUGUUUUUAAAGCUGAAGGGAUGUAUUCAGUCUUCUUUUUGUAUUGCAUGUCCUGAGCUGGUGCAGAACAGUCCUGGUGGCACCUCUGACAGGGUUUGCCCCAAAACACCGAGUUUUUGGCAGACUAAUACGAACUUUUUUGUGUAGUAUUUCAGAUUCUAAAUUUAGAGUUUCCAUGGCAUUGUCAUAGAGUUGGAGUUGCACUGGAUUUGUUGUCCAAGGCUCUGUGUGUGCCGAGUAGGAGAUGGAAAGGGUCCUAGAAACAUCCACAGCCUUAACCAAGUGUCGGCCUUGCACGGAGGGAACCGAAACAUCGACACUUCUCUGCCCUGAGGAUAAAAAUGCAGCUUCUGUGGCGCAUCCCCCCCUCAGCCAGAGGCAGAACUGAUGUGCAUUAUGGUUUUUAACCUUUUUAGUUCUUGUCACGAAGGGAACAGUUUGUUUUAAGUGUUUGGCACAGUACCUCGUGUGUCCCCUGCAGUUCCAGACCGGGCCCAGGUUGUGCCCAGGGCAGAUGUUGGACACCCCGAGCACAGCUGGUGUGACAGCAGCUGCUGGGACUCUCCUGCCCAACUUGUUUUAAGCCUUAGGUACUUUUUCUUUUUUUUUGUUUUCUUUCUUCCAAAGAGGCCUAAAUCACAUCCCCCUCCCCCGGACGAGCCGCAGGCACGUCCAGCAGCCCCGAACGGCCAGAGCCUGCCCUCUGCCAUGUGCCUGCAGCCUGGGAAUGUUUUCCCAGAGCCCCCAGCUUCCCCCAGGCAGCCGCAAGUGUGGUUUACACUCCGUUUUCCCUGGAAGGAAGGUGUGUUAAGCUCUCAAGAGCAAACCGUGGCCAUCCCACCCCUCCCGGUACCACCCCCAAGCCAGAGGGUCCCGGGAAGGUGGGAAGGACAAACCGUGAGGUUCUACAGAGAAAGGUUCAAUUCACUCAGUCCUAUACUGUACUUGGUUGUGACACUUUGGAACUCCUGAGAUGUGGAACGGGGGGGUCCGAGCCGUUAAUCCGACCGCGUUCCCAAUGCCUGCUCGAGCCGAUCCGUGGGGUUGUACAUAAUUGUUCAGUUCUUUUGACCAAAAAGUUUAAUAAAUUUUAAAUGUUUACCUG